UUCGGGGAUUUCCAAAUGUCUACGUCAUGUCUAUUGAUUUGUUCGGGUAUUUUUAAGCAACCAUCAGGCGAUGGCAGGAGUGGAAGUAUAGAGGACUAUUUCAAAGAACAAGUCAGAGAAGCGAGAUCAGAAUCCUGUUGCGUCCUUAUUCCAUCCUUAUUCCAACCCAUAAGCUGGCAGCACCAUAGAAAUUGUAUGUGAGAUGGUAUUUUGGCAUUAUGGCUAGCUCUUCUAUACAAGACAGGAAAUGUGAAUAUUACAUACUCAAACACAACAUUGAGGUGCAGCAUGAAACGUACCCUUUAAAAACAAUUCUAAAUAAUAGUCAACCUGAAUGUUUAAGAUUUCUCAAAGGAACACUCCUUUGUUUGUCACCAUCGUCACCAUCAAAGCCAGCAUACUCCGGGGGUUCCCAGAAAAUUCCUGUCCGUUCAUUGGAUGAUGAAAAUCUAGAAUUUGUCUGUCCCGUCGCUGACCUUUCUCCACUGCAGUCAGUUGAGAAGGAUUUACUCAUUGCUGUAACAUCCAGGGUAGAGAGAUAUAAAUUGUAUGCAUGUCGCAAUGAAGUCCUGGCUUUUGGUUUGAGCUGCCAUUUAAACGAUUGGGUUCACGUCGAAGUGAAAAUAGAGAGAAACUUGACAGAUGUUGCUGGCGUUAUCAAGUACAGAGGAGUGCUCCCUACUGAGCGAGGGAUCCAUUUUGGAGUUGAACUAGAGGAAUACAGAGGAGCAGGCACCACUGAUGGAACAUUCAGGAACCAUAUGUUUUUCGCCUGCCAGCAAGACUGUGGUGUGUUUGUCCCCAUCACUAGAAUCAAGAAACGUUACCGAAACUACAACAUAACCAAGAGACAUUACAGAAGGAUAUCGGAUGUAGUAGAAGUUGACUCUGCUCUGGGUCUCGGUGACAUCUAUGUUCAUCAGAGGGUUCAGGUGUUCACAGAUGAAGGAGAGAAGGAGGGGCGUGUUUUGUACUGUGGAUUACCCCCUGGUGCCAAGACAGAAUUUGUGGGAAUUGAAUUUGAUCAUCCUGUUAAACCGUCUGACAGGAAUGAUGGAACAUAUGAAGGCCGGAAACUCUUUCAUCCUAGCAACCUUGAGCGGACAAUCCUAUGUCCCAAAGCAUCUGUCUUGCCACUUGCAAUUCCAGACCAGCCAGGGAUUCUAGAUCAGCAUUUAAUAGAACCGAUGGUGACCUCAGAGGACCCUUUCAAUUUCACUGUUGGGAGUCAAGUCUUUAUUGACACAGAACAUGACGGAAUCAAAUAUGGUCAUGUGAUAUGGCAUGGGAAACCAGAUCUUUACACAGAGGAGCAUGUUGGUAUAGAAUUGGAAUAUCCAUGUUCCAGGCAAAUUGACUGCAAUGAUGGUUUUUACAAGGGUGAAAGACUCUUUUUUCCAAACAAAGUUGAGAGAACUGUCUUGGUUCCAGCCAACAGCUGUCAGAGUACCUGUCAAAGAAGUCUGUCAUCAGAAACUGUCCGGGAUUCCCUAGGUGCAGAAGAUACUGCCUUAGCCGCUCCCAUGGGUGACUUUGGCAAGAUACAAGACCCCAUCUCACGCCGAAGACAUCGCAGUGAGUCGUCUUCGGAGGAUGUAGGUGCAGACUUUGAACGUCUCGUGUGGACCGAUGUUAGUGAUGCCAUCGAGUCGACUUCACCGGGAAAAACACACUCCGCACCUGUCAAUGACAAAUAUCAAGUGCAUGGUAGAGCUAUUGACCCCAGAGAGGUACGAGUAAAGGCACAUGUGAAAUCUUCAUCCACUGGGUACGUGCCCACCCAUGCUAAGUAUGGACAGACAUCAUAUAUCGGGGCCGCAAACAGAGGGACAACUCGUCCCAAAGACAAUACCUCCAAAACGCAUGCUUUGGCAACGGGCAAGCAUGAAACUAAAAGUUGGACCACUAAAAAGUUUCCCAAAUCUCACACGGAGAUUCGCUCAAGGAAGAAAGAAACAGAAGACAGGCCUUCUGCAGACAUUGCAAACACUAAAGGUCACAGAACGAUAGGACAGGAUCACGGCAGGGUUGUCAGUAAAUUCACUCUCUUGGAUGAUGUCCUGAACAAUGUGGCGAUACGUCUCUGUGGAAACUGGAAGACUUUGGCCGAGAACUUGGGUAUCAUGAACAAGGAAAUUACCCAGAUUGUAGACCUUAACAUGUCGUCCAAGGACUGUGCUAUGGACAUGCUGCGUAGAUGGCGUGAACAGAUGUCAAGCUCUAGGGAUAAACUGGGACCGCUGAUCAAGGCAUGCCACAAAAGUGAAUUUCAUUCUUUGGCAAAUGAACUAGAACAAGGACUUGAUGAGCAAAGACUGCAUCAUAUCGCAGGUCAGGUCCACGAGACUGUCUGGAAUGUACUUGGAGAAAACCUCGGUCUGGAGCGGGACCAUCUAUCCCGGCUCCAGAUGGAGGACCCCCAUCCAAGCCAGAGGGUCUAUAUCAUGCUCCUAGACUGGAGACUUAUGCUGACCUUUGAUUCCGACAAGCCUCUCCUGCUAGCCAAAGCGCUUGGUACCAUAGGCAUGGAAGCAUUAGCAUUGGAAGUUUGUAGGGGUCUAACGGGCAAACUACUAGAAGACCUAGCUGGAAGUGUGAAAGAUUUCUGGAAGCGUCUUGGCAAGGAGCUCCACUUGACUACCAGGGAGCUGCAGGAUCUGCAGGAUCUGCAGGAUCUGCGCAAUGGAGAUGACAUCUUUACAGCAUAUCAAGUCCUCUUAAGGUGGAAGAGGCGUCAGGAACCAGAGGGAGACCUCCUGGGUGCAUUGUCUGCUGCCCUCAAGAAAUGUGGAAGGGACAGCCUGGCUGACAAGGUUGUUAAAGGUAUGGAUGACACUCUCCUAGAAGUGAUAGCCAACAUGGUGGAAGAAAAGCAGCACAGCAUAGCCAACGCUCUGGGUAUCCCCUUGCAGGAGCAGUUUGGCCAUAACGACAGCCGCCACAGCUCCAAGCCCAACACCCUUAGGUUACUCCAGUGGUGGCGCGCUAACAGGGUUAUGAAUGAAGAGGAAGGGCAGAGGAAACUCUUUGAUGUUCUCAUGAAGUAUGAGUACAAUGAUGCCGCCGACAUGGUGCUACCGGUGUCCUUGAGGCCAGAGGGUCUGCCAGAAAGGAAUCCUAGGUUGCCUAGGGUACCCCCUCCAAGAGAUCUUGACAAUGCCUCUGUCCUUGGAACUAUUGCAAAAAUGCAGUGUUCAGCGGUAGAACUUGCAGAUAGACUGGAAGUACCAGAUAGUGAUUAUCUCAAAAUCCAGAAACAAUGGCAUGAUGUCAACAAACAGAAGUUCCUUUUCUUGAGGAAUUGGAUCAACAGAAAUGAAUUGAUGUAUGUUGGAAAUAAUCUUGGGUGGCAACUGUGUAAAAUAUUGCUGAAAAUGGAAAUGGAUCAACUUGCGGAUUUCCUUGUUAAUGGAUCCCCAGCCUACCGAAGAUGGUUUCAGGAAACAAACUUUGAGAACUACCAGGAAAAUCUUGAAGAGGAGAAUUCACACCGUACCUCCUACGAAUACCCCCAACAUCGUGUAGGAUACGACAAGGACAUCAUCAUCGUCGACAGGUCCCCCGAGGCACAGAAGUUGGAUCUGGACGUUGAGUCUGUCGUCGAAGUGAAGAUUAGAGGGGAGUCCCACUAUGGUGUCAUCAAGUCACUGAAUACUAUUCUUAAUUGGCUUGAUGAUAAGAUAGCUGGUAUAGAGCUAGAGGAACCGAUUAUUGGUGGUACUGACGGCAGCUUUGAAGGUAUCCAAUACUUCACAUGUGGAUCACGGAAGGCAGUCUUUGUCUAUCUGUCUCAGUGUAGACCAGAUUCACGGUUUCCAACUAAUGCUGAUACCUACAGGGUCUUCACGAGAGAAACCAGUCUAGAUUUUGGAAACCAGGAAUCACCCAUCAUUGAGGGCUAUGUGAGGCCUCAAAGGUUCCAGCAGUUCUCAGUGGGUGAGAACAAGGGCAUCCAGGGAGACCAGAACUCCUGCUACCUAGACGUGACCCUCUACAGCAUGUUCUCUUUCAAUCUCACCUUUGACCCCUUGCUGGUGAGACAAAAGGAUGGGAGCGAUGUGGAGCACUUCGAAGAAAUUCAGAGGAUAGUCCGAGAGAAAAUCGUCAACCCUCUUAGACAGCAUGGGUUUGUACGAGCUGAUCGAGUACGAGACCUGCGUCUUCAUCUUGAUAAACUAGGGCUUUUACCAGGAAUGACCAAUGAGGAGAAGGACCCAGAAGAACUGCUUCAUAUGCUUGUCAGGGAUGUCUUGAAGGCUCAGCCACUCAUCAAAACAAGGCAUGGAGAUACAAAGGAGAUAGACAACCAGUACUUGUAUCAGAUCUUCAUGGAUAAGAAUGACUCCUUGCAGCUACCAAAGGUGGAACAACUCCUCCAUCAAUCCUUCUUGGAUAACGAGCUCAAGCUGGUCGAGAUUCCAGAUUGUCUGAUUGUACAGAUGCCAAGGUUUGGAAAGGAUUAUAAGAUGUAUAGCAGGAUUCUACCUAGUCUAACCAUCGACAUCACUGAUCUACUCGAAAACUAUCCAAGACAGUGCACUAUCUGUGGAGAACUGGCCAAGAUGGAAUGUAGAGACUGCAGACCAGAUGAAGAGAUCUCUGAAGAAUUCAUCAAAUCAUACUGCGAAGGCUGUUAUGAUAUGACCCACAGCAGUCUUCCAGGACACAGAACAAAACAGCUCAGCUUGAUUCCAGAGGUUCAGAAAGGAUAUGAAAUGAUCAGCAGGACAAAGACAGAGAAACUUCCCUUCCAGCGACAGAGGAUGGAGCUUUUUGCCGUGGUGUGCAUCCAGACAAGUCAUUACGUGGCGUUUGUGAAGACGGAGACGGAGACGGAGCCCACGCAUUGGGUGUUCUUUGAUAGCAUGGCCGAUAGAGAUGCCUCCUCUGUUCCUGGUUUCAAUAUUCCCAAGGUAACCCACCUCAAGAACUUUGAAGGAUGGUUAAAGGAUCCCCAGAAGAUAAUUGACCAACCAGAUGACAAGAAGCUGCCGGAGCACCUCAGGAGACUCUUAGGAGAUGCCUACAUCUGUUUCUACCGAAAGAUAGAACAGGGUAGCAGUAGGCCCCCUAGAGAAUACACCACAGGGGCAACAAACUAUUGAAUGGAUGUAAUCAAAAUAUGCACUAUUCAGAUUGUCUGAGGGAGAUGGAAGCAGAGAGUCAGGAAGCAAGAGGAGGAGCUCCAGAAUGUUCAGAUAGAGGUCAGAUACGAGUAGACCAGGGUGUCUCCCAUCUUUGGUUGGAGCUCUUGGAGGAAGGUGGGCAGGAGUCUAAUGGCUGAUGCCUCGAUCGGGACCCAUUUGAGAAAGAAGUUGAUAGGUUAACCUAUUGCCUACGAGAACUCUGUGGAUCCUGUAUCAUGCGUAUGGGAAUGAGAGAAAUGGGUAGAGAACAUCACUUGAUGAUGCUCAUAUGCCUUUCAGAAAAAUGUAUGGUAAGACAUGGGAUUGAGGAUAAAUGUCUGAUAUUGUACACAGAAAUUGAUUCUAUCUAUAAGGUCAUAAGAUGGAAUUUGAGGCUAGCAUGAACUAAAAGAAAUUAGUUUUAGUUAAGAAAGAAUGGUUGGGAGAAGAAGAUUCGUAUUUGUGUACCAAACAUGAGAAAUGAUGGAGAUAGAUUUAGUGGGGUUAUUUCUAUACACAAUUAUACAUAUCCUUAUGCCGGCUGUGAGGUUUGUGUCGCCAUAUCAAGGUUUGUUUCACAAUUAUACAUGCAGCAGUAUAAAUAUCGGCACAAUGCAAUUAUUCAAAAAUACAAUAUUUGAAAGGUAUAUGUAUACACAUACAGUCUGCAAACACAAUAAAUUGAUGUGUGGCAGUAUAUAAGGACAACUAACCCAUUAAAGAUGAUUUCAUUUUCAUUUUCAUAUAAGAUGGGAUUCUUCAACAAGUAAACUUGGGUUUAGUGUUCAACAGGUUAUGAUGAUGCCUCGUUCAUAUGUAGACUUCUAGAUCUAGGAGGGAAGAACAAUGCACAGGUCAUAUAGGAGAAGGACCUGCUUGCGAUGGAACAGGAAAUCAAUGGAAGACUGUAAGUUGAUACCCUGGACCCAUGGCCGUGUGAAAGGGGCAAAUGACGCUCCUUGUCAGAAAAGAAAUGUGAAUGGAACAGCGCAUACCUCUUCAAGGCCUUUGUAUACUCGGUUACAAAGAAAAGUUGUGCAGACUAUAAGAUUAAUGUAAACACAAUGAUACCAGGGUUAACAGUCAUUGGAAUGGUGUCUACAUUGUGCUUGAGACUGAUGUGAACACAGAUGUAGGACUAUGUCAAUUUGUCCCUACUAGAUGAGUGUGAAAACAAUCAUGUUUUAGUGUGAAUGCCAGGGAGACCAGUAUGAACACAGUCAUAACACCAGCACAAACGCAGACAUGGGACUUGUGUGAAUGUCCGUGAGACCAGUAUGAACACAGUCAUAACACCUGCACCAACACAGACAUGGGACUGGUGUGAAUGCCAGGGAGGCCAGUAUGAACACAGUCAUAACACCUGCACCAACACAGACAUGGGACUGGUGUGAAUGUCCGGGAGACCAGUAUGAACACAGUCAAUGCACUUGUGUGAAUGCUAGGGAGACAGGAAUGAACACAGCAGACACAGGACCGAGUGAUUCCUCAUGUAAUCUGUGUGAACACAAUAAUCGAUGAGUGUGAAUGCUAAAGAGACAAUCCAGGGACUUGUGUGUUCUCCUUGCGGCUCAACAUUUCAUGUACUUAUCCUAUGCUUAAUACAAACAUGUGCAAUGAUGAACUGCUGAAAGUGCUGUAUAUGCAGUAAAUUAGUAAAAGGUUGGUAGAAUUACAAUAUAAUGAUUCUGUCUAAACUGGUUGAGAUCAACUUUGUAUUUUUGUUAAUGACUGAAUGAAGUAACUUUAUUUUCAAUAAUAUUCUUUUUCUUUCGAAAAGGGAUUUCAGUCUACUAUUUUGCCUUUUCUUUUCAACCAAUAUUACUGGCAUGUAACAAUGCAUGGUUUCUUAAGAAACUUUGUAUGAACAGUAUUUCAUACGUUGUAGAUGAAACCUUAUUUAGUUGGAAAGAAAAUAAUAGAUAUCGAAAGGGAAUGUAAGAUAUUGUGUCAAAAGUGCAGUACACUAAAAUUUUAAUGUAUUGCGUGACUCUAUUGAUAAAUCAUCACGAAACAAAACUAAUCAUGGCAUGUAUAAAACCGUUGUAUAUAUUUCAUCCAGUUCAAUUUUCAUGAUUUUUCUUUUCUUCAUACUUUUGUGUUAUUGUGUGCCUACAAAUGAACAAGCAUAGCCAAAGGAGAAGUCUUGCAUUACAAUUCACUGUUGUUGAUUUUCUUUUCUUUUUAACUUGGAGAUGGAAAGUAUAGAAGUAUACUUGUAUUUACAAAUAUAUGUAUUUUCUUUCAUUUCAAUAUAUGCUGUAAGCACUAGAAGUAUGAAAAUGUGUUUCCUCCUAAAAGAUUGCCAAUAUAUCUUACAUUUAAAAAAUACAGAAAGGUCUUAUAAGAUGGAAAAUAUCCCAAAAUGUCACUAUCUCUAUAUCUGGAAGCAGUCCUAUAAUAUAGCACUUUUCUACGUUGUGUAUCUUUUCAAUCAUUUAUCAGUAUGCUUCCCAAUUUUUAAACAUUUAAACAGAUGGUCCUGAUAGUUUGUUAUAGUUUAGUAUAUGUUACCAAGCGUAAAAAAAGAACUGAUUUAUAUUUUCUUUUGCAAUAUUUUGUAUAAUUAUGUUGAGUUGAUUGAAGGUUUAUAUCUAAAAAUAAAUAAUGUGUUAAAAACAAGAUAAAUUUGUUCCCAUUUACUUAUUCAAACAAGAAUAUAAUUAUCUUAAAUGAGAUUAUUUUAUUGAAUAUUUCCAGUAGAAUCGUUUUUAUGAGACAUAAAUCUUAUAACUAGAGAUGAAAAUAUCUUCAUUUUGUUUGGUUUGAUAAAAUUAUUGGAUUAGUUAUGUUAUAUAUUUUCAUUGAAUUAAAUCCUGAUGAUUUCUGCAAACGGAGAAACAAUUGAAGUAUGUGAACCUAAACCUUUUGUAACAUAAAAACUCCAAUAUAUAUAACCAUCAAUCAUUUUUUUCUCCAAUUCUAAUAACAACACGCAUUUAAAAAAAGUGCAUGAGUAUUCAGUGAGUGCUUUAUCUCUUUAAAGCUCUUUUUUUUCUAACACUGCAACACGCAAGUCUCGAGAAAAAGAAAAGUCUCAAGAAACUUUCAUAUAACCUUUUUCUAGUAUGGAUGUGAAGCCAUUAAGGUUCCAAAUCAUUUAUGUCAAAGCAUUUUUUACAUACCGGUAUAUAAAUAUGAAGCAUGGAUUCAGUUCACUCCCAUCCGAACUUAUGUUUCCUUGCAUUUGAAAAAAAGCAUGGAUUCAAAGGGUUUACUGACAAUUGCAUGAUGUACAUGCAAUGUAAUGAUAUUUCAUGUUUAAAUUAUGUAAUAAAUAUAUUCACCAAUGACUGCUGUGUUGAAGAUAUUGAAAUGAAUAUGUUAUUUACCUUUGAAGCUGAUUAGUUAAUUAUGCCACUUGCCAAUGAAAAUAUGAUUGCCAUUCUCCCUUACACGAAGCUUAUAAGCUCAUAUCAUUUUCCUUAUGUACCUUAGUAGUAUUAAGCUGCUAUACACCUUUUCAUCUAUGAUACACACUCGUUCUCGUAUACAUGUUGCUUAUUUUAAAAGCAUAUUCUUAUUGCAAAUCUAUUAAUUUAGAGUUUUUCUAACAUAAUACAUAAUACACAUCAAUUUGUCCUUGAACAUGUGAAGGCUCGUUCAGACAUGAAGCGGUAAAACUGCAGCGUUUAAAAAAAAACACGUUUAUGAUGACGUUUAGAUGUUAAGUUAAUACGCUUCACUUUUUUGUAUCUUAUAAGGUGGAGCUUAGUGAAUACACACAAAGUCAUCUGAACUAGCCGUAACGGGCUACUUAUUCUUUGGUCUCAUUAAGCCUUCUUACCCUUCCUAAACAUAAGACACAUAAAUUCCUUUUGUUUAUCUAAAUUUUGUUUUUGUGUUCGUUGUUGCGUGUUUCUUUUUUUUGGGGGGGGGGGGAGGGGGUGGUAGCUAAAACUUUAAUCCACUUUCCAGUUAAAUAAGGUUGUAAGGAAAAUAUCUGUUAUUCACUUAUUAAGGUUAAAUAAUUCUUUAUUUCUUUCAUGAUGAGAUGGUGUAGAAUACAUGAAGUACAUUAUCUACGUUCACUUACACUGGUUCCAUUAAAUAAUGACGAUUUUUCGACCAUUCUCUCUGCCAGAGUCU